AUAUAAUUACUUCAAAAAGUGAGUCGUUAAAAUUUACAAAGCAAUAGUAUGUUAUUAUUUAAUAUCUUUUCUUUGCUUUUUAUUCUUUAUAAUCAAGCAUAUUGGAUAUCAUCUCUUCUGCCGCAAAAAUAUAUUUCCUCUUUAACAUGCAACUUAACUUAUACAACGUUAUUAUCAACAUUUAAGCAACUAAAUCCAGAUGAAAAUAUUCUACAGAAACUAGAAAAAAUACCAGAAGAUGUUGAUUUUAUUAUAGUUGGGGCAGGAUCAGCAGGAUGUGUCCUCGCCAAUCGAUUAUCAGAAAACAAAAGUUGGAAUGUAAUUUUAAUUGAAGAAGGUGGAGAGGAGCCUUUAAUAGCCAGUAUACCAGCAUCACUUCCAGCUCUUGAAAAAAUUAGUCGACAUUAUCAAACCAUAUCAGAUGGAAAUUUUUGUUUGGCAAACAAUGGAUGUAAUUACAUUUCGGGAAAGGUAAUGGGUGGAACAAGUAGCAUAAACGGCAUGUUGUAUGUGAGAGGUAACAAAGAAGAUUUUGACAAUUGGGCAAAAAUGGGAAAUCCAGGUUGGAGGUAUGAAGAAGUAUUGCCUUACUUCAUUAAAUCAGAAGACAAUAGGGAUAAAGAUAUUGUAAGAGAAAAUCCCGGAUAUCAUGGAAUCGGAGGCUAUCAGUCAUUAGAAAGAUUAUCAUACAAAGACCCAAUUGCAAAUAAUCUUCUCAAAGCUUUACGAGAGAUUGGCUAUAAUGACACAGACUUGAAUGGAGCCAAUCAAAUAGGAUCAAUGCACGCUCAAGCAAUUGCGAAAGAUGGUUCAAGAGCAAGUGCAAAUGUUGCCUUCAUUAGACCAAUUAGAGAAAAGCGUUCAAACUUAUUAAUCAGAACUAAUGCUCGAGUAAUCAAAAUUAUAAUUGAUACAGAAACAAAAAGAGCCAUUGGUGUAGAAUUUAUAUCAACAAAAACCGGAGCUACAAAAGUGGUAAUGGCAAGGAAGGAAGUGAUUGUAUCCGCAGGUACCAUUGAAUCAGCAAAAUUAUUAAUGAUCUCUGGAAUAGGUCCUCGGGAUGAACUCCAAAAACACAAUAUUAACGUCGUACAAAAUUCACCCGUUGGACAAAAUCUACAGGAUCAUGUAACAUUCAUGGGAAUUCGCUACAAACUACAAGAAGGUGAAUUUUUAUACAAUCCUGAUUGUGCAAUAAGACAAUUACAUUUAAACGAGUAUUUAAAAUUCAAAAAUGGUCCAUUUUCAUCAGUGGGCAUACCUCAUGCAACUGCAUUUUUACAAUCUCACCUUGUACCAAAUUCAUCUGCUCCAGACAUACAGUUCAUAUUUCUACCUAAUACUACAUCAACUGAUAGUUGCAUGUACUACAAUAGUUUCUAUCAAAAAAUAAUUUUAUUAUCUCCCAAGAGUAGAGGCUACGUGAAACUCAAUGAAUCCGAUCCAUUUUGGGGAAAUCCUGUAAUCAAUUUUAAAUAUUUUUCCGAUAGUUCAGAUUUGGAACGAAUAAUUAAAGGAAAUCAAAUAGGAUUAAAAUUGAUAAAUACAACAGCAGUGGGAGAAAGUAUUUUUAAAUUUGAUACAACUCCUCUAACAAAUUGUGAACAAUAUGAAUUUAAUACGGAAAAUUAUUGGCGAUGUUCAGCGGUGAAUUACACAACAUCAUUGUAUCAUUCAUCUGGAACUUGUAAAAUGGGUCCAAGGAAUGAUUCUGAAGCUGUUGUUGAUGCGAGAUUACGAGUUUAUGGAAUUAAAAGUUUACGAGUGGCUGACGCUUCAAUUAUGCCAUUUGUAACAAGAGCAAAUUUACAUGCUACAAUUAUGAUGAUUGCCGAGAAAGCUGGCGCUAUGAUUAAAGAAGACUGGACUUAG